AUGGGCUUUGCGAAAAAGGGAGUCACUACCGGAGGCUUACAUGGGCCCGUGGUUUAUAUAAACAGUGCAGCGGACUUGCGACGUCAUGUUACUGACCCAACCCCGCGUACUUUGGUCAUAACAAAAAAUCUUUAUUCACCCAAUAAAAUUGUACUUAUUAUGGGGUCCAACAAGUCUAUAAUUGGUUCUUGGAAAGCAAAUGUUGUCAACAACAUAUACCUAAAGGCAUCACCUAGAUCAGAAAACAUCAUUUUCCAAAAUCUUUUUUUCCAACACGAUGUUAAAAAUAUCGGCAACGGUGAUACUCAGUUAAUUUUAGAUUAUGGUAAACGAUACUGGAUAGAUCAUUGUACCUUUGAUGGGCUGAGUGUAGACAAAAAUGAUUUAGGAAAAUUACUUAAAGUUGCAACAGUUGACUAUAUCACGAUUAGCAAUUGCAAGUUCAUGAACCACCAGUAUGGUUUGAUACUUGGUUUUCCAUCAGACGAUCCUUCUGGUUUUAAUGAUAAUAAUAAUUAUCCGGAAAUAACCAUCAUGUACAAUUAUUUUGAUAAUAUUCACGCCCGAGCGCCGGGUUUGAUGCGUUACGGAAAGUUCCACGUUUUUAACAAUUAUAUACACAACUGUCACUUGGGCUUUACCAUUGCUCUUAGCUCUAAGAUUUCUUCUGAAUAUAACUAUUUUUCGGAUGCAACCGAAAAUUUUGCAGUACUUGAUGAUAAGGGUAAUGGUUAUUUUAAAGACGCAGGAAGUAUAAAUAUGCCGAAAAAACAAGCUUCUAAAGUAAAUACGUGGAAACCAUCUUCGGAUUAUAGCUAUGUAGCGAGUGAUAAGCCCGAUUAUAGUAAAAAUUUUUGCAUUAAAUAUGCCGGCGUUCAAAGCCAAGAAUUAGUCUUUGGUGGUUAUGCGUAA